AUGCCGAUUUUACCUAAGGAGGAAACGGAGGGUGUCCGUACCCGAAGUCAACGCCAGCAGGAGACGGACCAAAGAAGAUUUGGUGGUGCAACGCCGCAGACGUCGGAGGGCCAGCCACUGGCUGAAGGCCCGUCGGUAGCUCCUACAUCUGCAGCACCUGACUUAGGUGCUCUGAUGGUGAUGCUGCAGGAGCAGGCUCGCCGACAGGAGGGGCAGGCCCGCCGAUUGGAAGAGCAGCUGCGGGGCGGACAGGAGGAACAGGCCCGCCGACAGGAGGAACAGGCCCGUCGUUUAGAAGAGCAACUCCAACGCGAUAAGGAAGAGCAGAUGCUCCUCAUGAAGGACCUUCACGCUAUCUUCGGAAAAGAGAUACGGGAGGUGAAGGAUAAGGUUGCUCAACAUGACAACCGCCUGUCGGAGGCCGAAACCCGAAUCGACCAAGUAAACAAUCGGGUUGACAACGUAAUGGCUGACGUGAAGAAAACGCUGGACGACCUCAAACUUUGGGAUGUAACAACAGCUCCCGUAGUAGCUACAACACCUUCGCUACGUGGAUUCAAAGUGCCGCCGUUCGACGGAACCUCUUCCUGGUCGUCCUACAAAAUCCAGUUCGAGGCCGUCAUGGAGGCAAACGGCUGGAAUAAAAGCCAGGCCAUGACUGCACUCACCUUAGGCCUGCGCGACCAAGCCUUAACUGUGUUGGAAGCUCUCGGUAAGAAAGUGACCUACGAGCAGCUCCUUGAGGCAUUGGAGGCGAGAUAUGGCGACGCUCACCUGGAACACGUCUUUCGUGCGCAGCUUAAAGAUCGUGUGCAGCGCAUCAACGAAAACCUGCAGCAGUGGGCUCUAGAAGUGGAGAAGCUGGUGCGAAAAGCAUACCGGUCUGUACCUGCGCUCAUUGAAGGGAACCUGGUGCAGACAUUCAUCGACGGCAUCCGCGACCUGGAAGUCAGAGCUGCUGUGAGGCUCGGGCACCACGAGACGCUUAAGGACGCCUUGGCCCAUGCACUGGAAGUGGAAGCCAUGCGACAGGAUCAUCGUUCCCAUCGCGUCAGGGAGGUUGCAGCAGCUACAGUUCGCGACCGCAACAAAGGAUACAGCCCAAGGUGCUAUGGCUGUGGGGAAAAGGGCCAUCUUCGAUCCAGCUGCCCUAAGCGAACCCUAGAAAGGGAAAUUGAACGAUCUCAGGAGGGUAGUGCGGCCAACAGCGCCGCCCAGCAGCAGCAGGGAAACGAGUAA